CAACCUUCCACUUCCCGUAUCAAAACCAGACCUAGUAAAAUGCAACCCUCUUAAACUCUCCCCUGAAUACAAAUCCAAACCAUCAAGAACCAACCAACCUACACACCUCCCACUCCCGAAGGAGAGAGAACCUCAAAAUGAACAACGACCAAUUCCGACGCCUGGUCCUUGACACCCCGACCAGCAGAACCACCAGCAGCACAAGGAAAGAAAGCACCGAUGCGCGCAGCAGCAACAAUCAAAAUAAUGCCCCAGGCGCGACGCCUUCAGCUCUGGGCUCGCGCCUCCGCUCGAGUAUUCCCAUGACGCCACGCGCCCUAAACCACGCAAACCCCCACCACGAGUUCGCGCGCCAGCUUGCCGAUCACCGUCGUGAGAAUAGCCUUCACCCGCCUGCUAAGCGGUUCAAGUCGACGGCUGCGCCUAAAGGGACGAGGUUACCUUCUGGGUAUCAGGAUCGCGCGGCUUUGUUAAGAGGAUCGUCGGGUACUGCUGAGGAAGGGGAAGAUGGUAAGGAGGGGCGACCGGAAGGAGAAAGUGGAGAGGACCAGCAGCUGGAGCAGCGGGUUAAGGCGCUGGAGGAGAUGGUCAAGCUCGGCCAGAUCGAUCAGGGGACCUUUGAGAAGCUGAUUCGGGAGAUGGGCGUUGGUGGUGAUCUUGGGAGUACGCAUAUGGUGAAGGGGCUGGAUUGGGAGUUGUUGAAGAGGGUGAGGCGCGGGGAGGAUGUUUCGAGGGCGGAGGGGAAGGAGGGCACUGAGGAGAAGGCGGGGGAUGUGGAUGAGGAGUUGGAUAAGGUGCUUGGUGACGAGGGGGCCUUGCCUUCUGCGCCUAGGGAGCAGAAGGUGAAGAAGAAGGGUGUUAUGGCGCCGCCUCCGCCGCCUUCUGCUGCUUUGUCGUCGGGGGUGCCGAGGUCGAGGGAUGAGAUCCUCAGACAGUUGAAGGCUAGUCGUGCUGCUGCCGCGGCGGCGGCGGCGGCUGCUGAAGCUGAAGCGGAGGAGCAGAGGCCGGCUGAGCCCGCGCUUGGGGAUCGGUUCAAGAGGAUUGGGGGCGAGUCGAAGGCUGAGAAGAAGCGCUGGAUUGAGCAGGAUGAGACAGGCCGGCGGAAGGAGAUUCUGCAGAUCACGGAUGCGCAGGGCAAGAUCAAACGCAAGGUCCGAUGGUUGGAUAAGCCUGGUGAGGCUCCUGCUCCUGCUGCUGCUGCUGCUAAGCCGUUGGGCAUGGAGGUUCCUGCCGAGUUGGCGGCCAAAGCUGCGCCUCCGGCGGAGGAGGAAGACGAUGAUAUCUUUGCUGGAGUGGGUGCAGAUUACAACCCUCUUGCGGAGCUGGGAGACGAGGACGACUCGUCAUCGUCCGAUGAGAGUGAGGAUGGCGAGGUUCACCAGAAGAAACCCGUCCAGAAAACGGAUCCUACAGCCCAUGCUACUGCGGACGCGACGAAGAAACCAGCCGAGGAGACGGCAGCCCGCCCACGCAACUACUUCUCUACAUCGACUACGGAAGAGGUCCCUGAGAUCGACCGGUCGAAUCCUUUGGCCAAGGAUGCUACGCUAAUGGCUGCUCUUAAAAGGGCAGCGGCCUUGCGGCAGUCUGAAGAGGCUGCGGGAGAGGGAGAGGAGGACGUCGAUUCGGAAACAGCCUUGCGACGGAAGAAGUUCCUCGACGAGGCUCGACGGCGGGAGGCAUUGGAUGCAAUGGAUAUGGACAUGGGCUUUGGAGGUAGUCGCGUGGGAGAUGAGGAGGAUGACGAGGAGGUUGUGCUAGAGGGCGAGGGCCGCGGUGGGAAGAAGAGGAAGCGAGGGCCUAAGAAGAAGAAAGGUGACAAAAACAGCGCGUCAGAUGUGCUACGUGUGAUGGAAGGCCGGAAGCAGGAUCAGUGAAUGAUUGUAUGAAUGUUGCGUUGAUUGUGUCAUGAU